AUGACAGCACGCUAUAAGCCGAAGCUCGUGAAGUUCAUGACGUACAAGAACGGCGUCAACUACAGCAGCGAUCACACCUUCUCCAUGGAGGAGCUCCUCGACAUCACACCAGACCACGUUUGCCGCUGGAUGAACGAGCUGACGUACGGGAGUCCAGAACCAAGCGACGACAUGAGACCUGUCCAUCGCCGUUCAAGCACGCUAGAGUUCUCCAAGAAGGCCAUCUCAACCGUCAUGCCUCGCGUAAAUUCGACGUGGGAUCCUGUUACACAGCGUGACAAUCCUACUCGCUCCGACGCUGUCAACAAGCUCAUCAAGAGAGUGAAGAAGUUUGAGGUUCGCCGAGAAGGAGCCGAGUCCAAAGCUCGCCGUUCCGUCGAGUUUGACGAGUUCAUGAACUUGUUAUUGCUCGUGCGUACGAAGUGGGGGCGGGUUGAGACGGCAAUCAUGGUGAGCAGCGUUCUGACAUUGCAGUGGCAUAUCGUGGCUCGCAUAGAUGACAUGAUGAAGUUGCAGUUCGCCAACAUCUCGCCGAACAGCCAAUAUCCUUCGACGCUGCUGUUCCAGAUGCGCUGGUCGAAAAUCAUUCAUGAAGAGCGAGACGCCCCUGAACAAAUAGUACUCGGAAGUAUGGACCCCAAAAUGUGCGUGUUACUCAACAUUGCGGUCAACAUCGAGGCCACCCCCAAUGUGUCCAGCUCGGAGUUCAUUUACGGCAACCCGAAAGACGGUGAUCGCACCGUGCGUCGCUUUUUGGGGGAUAUCGUGAAGGACACGGCCUUCAAGAAGAUGAAGACAGGCAAGCUCGGAACACACAGUCUUCGGAAGGGGGCGGCCACGUAUGCUACUCGAUGCGGAAUGGUGUGGUCGAUGCAUAUAUCAAUAACACAGCCAUACCCAGACGCAUGCACAGCGGCAGCGCUAACAGGACCCGCAGGUCCGUGCUUCUACAGACUGAAAGAUGACAUCGGUUGUGUGUCAUUGGCGCUGCUAGUGGACGAGAUUGCCCCGAUGAUCAAGCAGAUUAUGGGCGAGGCUGUGGCACAAACUUUAGCGCUGCCGUUACUGUGGGCGGCACUGGAGCCUGCUGACAACUACAAGUAUAUUUUGCUUCCUGACAAACUCAAGCGGAAAAUUGUUCAAGCCUAUACGAAUGCGGGCGGGAGCACUGAUCUGAAUCCCGUGGAACGAGAGGAGUUUUACGUCCUGGGCGAUGGCUCCCAGCUGAGUCUCAUCACUAUUGACAGCAGUGACAGCAACGACCAGCCCGAAAGCGCAGUAGUUUCGGGCCAUCAAGGGCCUCACCCGGUUAGCAGAAGAUCGGGAGGAGAGGGUACCCGCCGCGAGUUUGCCGCUCUUCACUCGCAGCUUGCUGCUGGACGACGAUAUAUGGCGGAGGUGAUGAGUGAAGUGCAGCGAUUACGGCAUGAAACCCAGCGGGAGAUGCAAAAGGUUCAAGCGAUAUUGAGGCGCGUCGCAAUGCAGCCUGUCAUUAGACGAGAAAACACCCCAGUCACAGUUGUUUCAGAGCCGCUGGCGAAUGCAGCGAGCCCACCUUCGCGUCUACAAGUGUCUACUGCGCGUCUAUCAAAGCGACCGAAGGAUCUAUUCGAGCUGUGGCACGAGUUUCAGUUCGGCUGCUGUGGAUUGAAGCCAGCAAAGAACUUCACGCCGAUCGAGCGGGGUGCGAACAAGUUCGCAUACUCUCGAAGAAAAGCCUUUUGGGACGUUGUGGCGAACCUCGUUCGACUAGCGAUGCUGCGAUCGACAAAACAGCUUUCGGUUUCGAGCAUUUUGGCUGCCCUCCGCGCCGAUCGUAAGCGAGGUGGUCAUCCUAGCCUCCGUUCAUAG